AUGCCGCACGCACCGCAGUCGACGGGGCAGAUCACCUGCCAGCAGUGCCACGUCACCCUGGCCUACCCCAUCGGUGCCCCGUCCGUGCGCUGUCCCAUGUGCUCCUCGGUGACCCCAGUCCAGCAGUUCAGCGUCACCUGCGUGUGCUGCCGCUGCAUUUUAAUUCUGCCGCAGAACACCAGCCUGGCCAUGUGCCCGCGGUGCCGCACUGUCAUGUCGAUUCCGGCUAGCAUCCGCGAAGGCCACAGCGGGCCGCAGGCGCCACCGAAGCAGUGCGUGUACAUUGACCGGCCGCCCACAGUGGACUCGUCCGGGUCUAAGGUGACGCACUUAGCCGUAGGCACGAAACUGGAUGAUGAUAAGCCUCGUGAGAAGCGCUAA